AUGUUAUCGAUAACUAGUCGUGGGAUCGGAUUUGGUACGACCCAUCUUACGACCGUACCGCAACCACAGAAACUAUCUAAAACAGAAACACCGCUAACAAUCGAUUCACUAUGGAAGGACUCUUUCGUUCUUGAUGGAGAGACGGGGUUUGUAAAUGAAAUUGCAGCCAAGGAGUUUGAAGCCGAGGCAGCCGGCUACAUUAAUCUGAUUGAGUCAGAGUACAAAGCGAUAUCCGACGUAGAAAAGUACUACGCUAAAUCGAUUUCCCAAACUGCACAUGUGUACUACCACAGUGUACUCUAUUGGUAUGAAAUCGCGCUGAUUGCGCAAAAGAACGGGACCUCAUCGAGGGACCAGGACAAGCACAAAAUUUUUAAAAGCACAAUACAAUUGUGUGAAGUUAUUGGAGUAAAAAUCACCAGUGUCACUUGUGAUGGUCUAGCUGGGAAUUUCAGCAUGUUCACAUCUUUGGGUUGUAAUGUUCUGAGGGAACAAACAUUGACCAAUUCUAACAGCCACGAUAGUAUAGUCCAUAUAUUCAUCGACUCAUGCUGUAAAAUUAAUCAUGGAUCCAGUAAAAAAAAAAAGUAUAUAAAAGCUUUGAAGGUGUCCGAAAUCAUAGACUAUAUUCAAGAUAUUGAAGAUUGUUGUGAUGAGGAGUUGAAUGACAUUGAAGUUGUCAUAUUGGUUCCGGAUGAAGUAGAUGAAAUGACUGACAUAGAUGAAGGUCCUGACGACGAUAUGGGAGUUUUGCCAGUGUCAAAUGUACCUCGUCAAGUGGAAUUUUCGUAUACAAUUGAUAACGACGAGGAAGAUUAUUCUACUCAAACCACAUCUCGGACAAGAAAGACAGUCACUGGGCCUAAGUGCUAA